AUAGAUUUUAAAUAGGCUAAUUAGAUUAAAAAGUGAGGGCUUAUUUAUAUAUUUUGUCAUUUUAAAGUUUAAGCAAUUUGAGUUUCCUAAUCUAGUCCUCAUUUGAAGGAUCACCAUGAAUACUAUGGCCAUGGGGAAGACCUCUCUCUCUCUCUCUAGUUUUGUCCAUGGUAUCUCCAUUGACGUACAUUUAGUUUCUUCCUGUAAAUCUAAUGUAUAGUUGACUGUUGUUAUACUUUUAGAGAAAAAAUAAAAAAAGUCAUUUUCACAAGAAGACGAAUCAAAAAGAGGGAAUCCGAUGGCGUUAGCUAUGAACACUUCGAUGCCGGUAGUCAUGUUCAACCAGGACUGCAGAACGGUAUUAACAAUGAGCAUACCUUACAUUGCCUUUUACGGAUUAGGUUACAUGUUGACCGUCUUCUUGUGCAAUGCAAUAUACACCUUAUUGCGUCGCUUUUCCCAGCCUCGCAUUAUAUCAGAAUUCAUCGUAGGGUUAAUGCUUGCAAAUGUAUUGUUCAUACGUACAUGGUUGUACAGCGAAGAAAUAAUUAAGACUCUAAACAAUAUAGCUGAUUUUGGAAUGGUCUUUUAUAUGUUCGUAUUAGGUCUUGAGAUAGAUCCUCACACGCUGAUCAAACCUCCAAGUAGAGAAUCGAAGGUAGCAGUUGCAGGAAUGUUUUCCACCUUAGUUAUAGCUUUCUGCGUAUCACCUUUCAUUCAUAUCGCCCAUUAUCCAACCCUUAGAUUCGAUAUAGCCUUCGCGGUAAUGACCAUCGGCACGGCCUCCCCUGUCUUGGCUAGGAUAAUCACGGAUCUCAAAAUUGGGAAAUCUGAUAUAGGCAGGUUCGUGGUUGCCACUGGAGUCCUGUCUGAUUUGGUUUGCACUCUUCUAAUUUGUGUCGGGUUUAUUAUUUUUGAUCCUGUCAAAAGUUAUGAGACAAGAAAUGCUUUUGACAUUACCCGUGUGAUCUUAACCUUGAUUUUUGAGAUCGGUGUGGCAGCUAAGUUGACUCCUCUGAUAAUGAUAUGGGUUAAUAGUGAAAAUCCAGAAGGAAAACCUAUCAAAGGGUCUCAUUUGGUGCUCUCAGUAGCCUAUGUUGUUAUUGUAUGUGGUAUUUCGCCGGUUAUCGCAGGCUACAACUCAAUGUUGAGUGCAUUCUUGGGUGGGUUGUUCAUGCCAAGGGAAGGAAGAAUAGCAAAGAUGAUGACAAGCAAAUUGAACUACUUCUUGACUGUAUUUUUUUACCCGAUUUUCUUCUUUUGGAUGGGCGCUGUUUCUGAAUUCAGAAGAUUUGGGGCCAGUCGAAUGGGGACAUGGUCACGUUUGUUCUUACCUUUUCUGAUUGCAACUGUUGGAAAAAUCAUGGGCACUGUCGUUUCUGGCGUUAUGCUUGGUUUUCAUUGGCCUGAAUCUGUUGCUAUUGGAUUGCUUCUCACUGUCAAGGGCCAUUUUCAUGUCUAUUUGGCUGUUGUUGCUGCAAAUAACAAAUUCAUAAGUGUUUCUUCGAGCAUGGCAUUAUUAUUUGCGAUUUUUCUGACCAUCAUCUACGCACCGAUGGUAGUGGCAAACAUAAUAGCACGAGCAAGGAAACGAUCACCAACACAAAGAAUGGCAUUACAAUGGCUGGACACAUCGGUGGAACUUCGAAUCUUGUUAUGCGUGCAUGGGCCACAGAACACAAACGCAUCGAUAAACUUCAUUGAGAUAUCGAGAGGAACAUCUAAUCCUGGGAUAGUGGUUCAUUUGACAGACAUGAUCGAGUUGACAGACAAAAUAGCAGCUAGUUUGGUCCAUGGACAGGGAGCUGAUGCUGUGACGGUUACGGAUAAGGAUGUGAUAGAUACUAGGGAUCAGAUAACGCAAGCGGCUAGGGUUUAUGUAGAAGAAGAUGGAGAUGGAAUUGGAGUGGAGAGAAUGCUUGCUCUUGCACCUAUAAAUAAUAUGCAUCAAGAUAUAUGUAUAUUGGCUGAAGAUCUAAUGGUUUCUCUCAUUGUAUUGCCGUUUCAUAAAGAUCGUCAACCGGACGGGAGAUUAGGCGUCGGCCAUUCCGGCUUCCGACAUGUCAACCGCAAGGUACUUCGUCAUGCACCAUGUUCUAUAGGAAUACUUGUGGACAGAGGACUCGGAUCAAUUCAAAGAAUAUCCCGAUCAUCGAUAUCCUUAAACGCGGCCGUCAUUUUCAUCGGCGGCAAAGACGACCGAGAAGCCUUAGCCUACGCCGGUCGCGUCGCUCGUCACACAGGAGUGAAACUCACCGUCGUUAGAUUCUUAUUAGAUACCGGAACCGAAGCAGGGUCCACACAAAGGCCAGGAAGACCCAGAAUGCAUCCCGAACAAGAAGAAGAAAUGAAACAAGAUGACGAAUACUUCACCGACUUCUACGACCGUCACGUGGCCGGAGGUCGCGUAUCCUACUCGGAAAAAUACUUAGCAAAUUCAAGCCAAACGUUCUCGACUCUGAGAUCAAUGGAAGGUCAGUUCAGUCUGUUCAUAGUAGGACGAGGGGGAAGAGCUAAUACGAUUUUAACAGCGGGAAUGAAUGAUUGGGAGGAAUGUCCUGAGUUAGGACCGGUUGGAGAUAUUCUUUCAGCUUCGGAUUUCUCGGUUGCUAGUUCGGUUUUAAUUAUACAACAACAUAAUCUUAGAGGAGAACUUGAUGGAUUAGACGAUGAAUUCUCUAUUAUGUGAAUUGAAGUUACAAUUUUAUUGAGAGAUUUAAUUACAUUUUGGGGAGA